AUUUUAGUUCCAGAACCAGUGGUCUUCUACCCACUUAACAAACAAUUUGGAACAGCAGAUGUGAUGAGAAGAUCGCAGAUUACUGGUCGUUCAAACAACGUGUCUUUGACAACUGGACCUUUCAAUACCACAGAUGGUGCUUAUGAAUUUUGGGGGGAUGAAAAUAGUUACAUCGAGUUUCCAAAUGGUGACAAUCUGCUUGAUGUUCACAACUCCAUCUCACUUAUGUGUUGGGUUCGACCUGAGGGCAAUGAUGGACCAUUAUUCCAGUACAAUAGGUACCCUUUAAAUUGGGGAGUGCACAUCUGGAUUAAUAAAGGAAAAUUCUUCAAUCGAAUCAUAGAGGCUAACUACGAUAAUUUGGAAAUACCGAUAGUAUCGAAACGGCGUCUUGAACGUGGAAAAUGGGUCCAUGUAGCCGCAACUUACAAUCACAUAACAAGAAACAACUCGAUAUACGUAAACGGAAUCUUGAACGCAACUCAAAACAUUGGUACAGGCUUCAGGAUAGCAGCAGAAGGAAAAGUUCGAAUGGGUUCUGUUAGAGUAGACAGGAGGAGAUUUCUAAGAGCAGCAGUAUCUCACAUGGAAGUUUACAAUUUCUCACUAAAUGUAAACCAGAUACGAGCGGUCAUGAACAAAGGUAAUUCUACAAUAAACUUAAUCGCAUUUAGAUUAGAACGCCGAAAUUCCAUAGCAAAACAAUUGUCAGUAUCUACAUUUUAACUAAACUAACUACUUAUUACUACACUCUGUCCUAGACUAGAAUUGGACGAUACUUUUGUUGACACACCUACUUUAUUUAAUAAACUAAGCAAGAUGACAUGGAAUGUAAUAUAAGUUUGUAAAUUUGUAAUGUUGUAUUGUAAUAUCCUCAGUCCAUCCUCUUGCGUCAUUUAUAUGGAUCUAGCCUCCUUUUCUUCUCCUUUUCUAAAUUCUUUCCUAGUAAAUUGCAUUAUGUUUUCUUCUGCCCGCCUCGAUUAGCCAAGCUAUUUGCGAGCAGAGGAUGUUUGUGGGUACAUGUAUCUUGUAAUUUAAUUUAUUAGACAAGAGUGUUUUACUGGAUAAUAUACCACUCGUAAAAUUCAUGAAAACUACAUCCGAGACCCGAGUGGUUUAUUUUCCAUAAUUUCCCACGUGAGUUUAUCGAUGACGUAAUUUCGGUAAUUUGCCUCUAUUAUUUUAUCGAUGUCAUUUUGUCUAUAUAAUAAAAAGAACAUUACACGGCGACUUGAAGAUAUGGAUUUUAUUUUCUCGUGGCAAGGACAAUAUUUACCCUCUUGCUGCGCUCUUUCGUAAAAUAUUGUUUUGCCACUCGGAAAUAAAAUUCAUAUCUUCGCUCCACCGUGUAAUAUCCUCUAUUUAAUCUAAUUCGUAACUGCUAUGCAGAUCAAUAAACUUCAGUAAACUUCAGACGUAAAGAUACAUUGAACGGCGUAAAUUUUCCCCUCAACUUGGAUUUAGUCCCUAAAUCCUUGGAAUUCAUACACGUACCCCGAUACAUUUGACAAAUUGAGCGAAGUCUGGACGAUCACGCUACAUUUUGAAACUGUUCUAGUGGGCAUCUUAAACGUUCUAGUACCAGUUCCUGUAUUAGCUCAGCGGAACAUUAUAUAUAUUUUACCUAUGAGAGAACCAACCCCCUCACCUCUUAACGAGAAUGCAAAAGAUAAUUUCCCCCCCCACUACCUAUAAUGGUCCAAAACAACACCCAUUCCCACAACAAACAUUAAGUAACAUUUAUUGGAUAGUCCCAGAACUACAACCUUCUCUUAUUUUUCUGCCUAGUAAAGAUCUGCAAUGUCAAAUUGCCCCUCAUUGUGUUGCUGAAAAAGAAUUUCAUAGUCGGGUACUUCUUAAAUCUUCGUCAGUUGCAAAUGUAUAUGUUAGGAUUAGAAGAAGCAGAAAUGUCUUAUCGCUAAUUAUAAACUCUAACAUGUACUUGUAGUUGCCUUCGAAUCUAGUCUUCAACUAAUGGGACGAAAUCUUACCCUCGGAAGUCGAAGCAAUUCCAUCCCCUCACGGUGGUACUAGGAGGAAGUAGACAACCCCUUAGGUUGUAAUUAAGUCAAUAAUUUACAAAGGUUGAAUGCUUAAUAGCCCCUUAUGGCUCUUGUAUGAGUAUGGCUGUAAUGAGUUCCGGCCCACAAGUUGCUGCAAAUAUCAUUGAAAUUGUAUCUGGUGGACGCCCGUGACGUCAAUCGGAAAACCAGCCAAUAGACCGUCAUCUUUAAAGCUAAAAGACCUUUUUUUCCCAUGCGCUUAUGGUAUAAAAUUGGUACUAGGAGGAAGUAGACAACCCCUUAGGUUGUAAUUAAGUCAAUAAUUUACAAAGGUUGAAUGUUUUUCCCAUGCGCUUAUGGUAUAAAAUCGUAAGUUAAACAAUGCUAUAAUUUGGGACCACUUUAUACUAUUUUUGAACAGAAAAGCAAAGAACCCCCUUUUUUUAUUUUUAAAAAGGCUUGGACUCAUGCACGUAUGCCUAUGACGUGACAUGUUGCAACCAUGUCUCCCUGUCCUUAAAAUCAAUGAGCUAAUGCCGUUCUGCAAAAAAAUCCAAUUCAAGCCUUUGUUGGGGCGGCAUCCACUUCGCACUCGCACUGUUUCCGUUUUUCGUCCAUUGCUUUUUAUGUGACUGGGCUAACGACUAGACUACCUUCGCAUAGGAAAAUGUAGCAUUUAAAGUAUUAGGUCUUAAUUGUCUCUUUUUUCCUCUCCUUCUUCUUCAUUUUCUCCUUUAAGUGCUUAAUGGAACUCCCUGCGACUAUCAUCCUUGCCAAAAUGGUGGUACGUGCAAACACCUACAAGGAAACACUUACCAGUGUCAAUGUAAUGGGAAAUACUCUGGACAUAAUUGCACACAAGCUAUAAAUGGUAGGAAAAUUUUUCUUUUUAUAUUAAUUGUUAUUUGGUUCGACCCGUCAGACGCACAAAAGUCGUCACAUAGACAACACUCGUUUGAGGGCAAAUAUUGUGAAGGGUUUAUACCGGACGUCUUUAUGGUUCUUCUCACUUUCAAGAAUAUUGUUGAAGAUAUAAAUACUUACUAGGCUUAUAGGCUGACCAGUAUGUCAUAUAGGUUUGAAACUGUUGGGCACUCCACUUUUCAAAUUCCUUUCUUGCGCUCAUCACGUGUCAGGAAACUGCAAAUUUUGCACCAUCUUGGAGCCGCCCCAUCUUGGAUUGCUUUCGUGAGGUCACGAAUUGGGGAAGGAAGGGAAUAUCACGCCUCUCCCUAAAGUCGAUUUUUCGGUCAACUGACAGUGAGGACUUUAGAGGCAUUAGUGUGACCCCGGUAAAAAGCAAGAGCUUUUGAAAGGACAAUCUACCACAUCUUCAAUAAGAGAGAUAUAGAUUCUAGACUAGAUGCUAACCAAUUUGCCUACAGAACUAGUAGAAGCUGUACUAAGACCGUAAUUAAGAUGCAACACGAAAUUUCAAGCACACUGGAUAAUCCGCCCAACAAAGCAGUACGUGAAGUACGCCUAUUUACCAUGGACUUGUCCAAGGCCGCCGAUAAUGAAAAAUAAGCCCAAUGAGACCCCAGUGGUUAAAUCGUAUAGUAGUUUCCUGUCUGACAGAAAGCAAAGGCUGGUAUGGAACGGUAAAUAAUGGAAACAAUAAGAAACGACAAGAGUCCAUAACUCUAAUGUUUGAUUCAUCACAUUAACUUAUGAUCUAAGAAUAGCAUAUUAUAGCAUAUACGACGGAGGACUACGAGAUGACUUAAAUUACCCACAUUAAUUGUCUAACAGAAUAUUGGCAAAGAGGAUCAAUGCAAAGAAACAUUUUUAUUGACACUGACAAUGACAUUUUUAUCAAAAAAGGGCAGAGAAAACUGACACAGAUUAAAAAGCAUUCACUUGAAAGUUUUAAUUCAUUCAGGGAGAGAGAGAUUAGAUCAGAGAUGAUUUUGAUGAAAAUGCAUUCACAUUAUAUUAAGGCUGGGGUUUUCUGGCGAGUUGGAAUGGAAACAAGAUGUCUUGAAGAACUUUAGGGAAACUUCCCAUUGUCUUGUUUUCCUGGCAGGCAAAUAAAGAAAGUGGAAUAAUUACCACAUGCCGCCUCAAAAGCUUAAUCCAUACUGUUAAAAAAUUAUCAUCUUGCAGAAUGUUUUGAUCACAAAUUUCUCAACGAGUCCGACAGGGGUAUAACAUACAGCAACAGCAGUCUCGUCUUAUGCGAUGAAAAACUAUCAGGAUGGCAUAGAUAUGUAGGAGAAGCUGGAAAUCAAAUGCCCGAGACCUGUGUCGAAAGGCAUCGAUGUGGCACAGAGAGCCCAGGAUGGCUUAACGCCGCACAUCCUUCAGUGGCAGAUGGGGCAAUACAGGCCAAGGUGUGCUUUCAUGGUUCCUCUGGCUGCUGCGAAUGGUCAACUAACGUCACUGUUCGUAACUGUGGAGAAUUCUAUGUUUAUAACUUUCAUCCAACACCAAAUUGUUCUUUGCGUUACUGUGGCAACGUAAAACCUACACAAGGUACAGUUACAUUUGCAACUUUUCCUAAACUCAAGAACAAUUCUUUUUUGAAAACAACGGCAGACUGAAAGUGUAUGAAAAAAAAUUAAACUCGAAUUCUUUAAUCUCCUUUUUCAUUACAUCGCGAAUUUUAUAACUCCAUCUCUCUACUUAAUAAGAAAAUCGCAUUGACAUUGCGUUCUAAACAUUUUUCUGUUGAAGACUUCCAACAGAUAACAUAGCUUGUUUUGUUUGCCUGAAGAUUGCUUUACAAGAAGCAAGAAUCUCAUAGUAGCUAUAAACGUCGUUGAACAAUGUGGUCUAAUAUCUGUCUUUCAUUUUGUAUUUGUUUUCUUUUUUAAUUGUUACAAAUCGUGCUAUCUUAUUUUUUAUCUUAUUUUUAGCACCACCACCACCACCAACAACAUCAAGCAGUAUUGGAGGUAAGGUACUAACUGAGGUAAUAAACGAGAAGUAUUCGUUAAACGGGAACUUAACUAGUUAGUUAGUCCUUUGCACUUAGCAACGACUCGCUGGAUGGUAAACCAUCUAAGAAUUCUCUGAUUCAGAUCACAAUUUGAGCGAGGUCGUGUGGAGCCCUUGUAUCGCUUCCUGUAAGGCUUUCCAAAACAGUCUUGGAUUCUGGAUUCCACGCUCUGGAUUCCGGAUUCCAGGUAGUGGAUUCCAGUGUUUGUCAGUGGUGGGAUUCCGGAUUCCAUGAGCUGUAUUCUCAUGAAUUCCAAAGCCUAGGACGCCGGAUCCCACAAGCAAAAUUUUCCCGAAUUCCAGUUUCCUCAAGAAAAAUUUCCCCGAUUCCGGAAUCUGGAUUACCUUACUUGAGGCGACUUCCUAGGUUAAUUCCAACGUCUUUUAAUCUUCUAGUCCAGUCAUUUCGGUUUAUUUUAAGUAGAAUAAUUACACUAGGAACGCUUUGCUCGAUUGCACUCAAAGCAAAGCAAUAGAGCCUAUUGGAUGGAUUCAAACCCUCUGCUGACGAAUGGAUGGAAAUUGAAGCGAAAACGUUUAUUUCACGUUCCGUUUACAUUAAUGAGGAAGAAAUUAAAGACUGGAACGUUUGAAAUUAGUAAAUGCACGGGUCAAACUGCUGAAACUGAGUAAUUGACUAUGUAAUCACUGUGAUCUCUGCAUAGGAUUUGCGGCGAGACCUCAGCUUGUCGGAAACACAACUUCUCAAACUCAUUAAUAAUUCAUGAAGAAAAUUCAAAGGAAAUUAAUGUUUAAUGAGUGUUUGGAUAUCAGAGGAAAAACUGCUCAUUUUUGCAUCCUUAAUUUCUCCUUCAAAAAUGAUUUUGUUUGAGAAGAAAUAUCAAACAUUCGACACAGUGUUUCAUCACCAGAUGAAACACCUCGAAGUACGUAAAAAAUACUCCGCUGCGCGUCGUAUUUUCAACUCUCUUCUCGGUGUUUCAUCUGGUGAUGAAACACUGCAUCUCAUGUUUGAUAUAUUACAAGAACAAUGAUAAUAACAAAAGAAGGACGUUAUUUAUUUGUUCUCUAGGAAUGCUAGGCUUGAACUUAAAUGCAUCCAAGUCGAUGCUGAAAGUGGGAAGCGUUAUUGUAAUAAACUGUACCGUGAUUGGUGGACCUAUUAGCUUAAACAUCACGUGGUUUAAAGAGGGUGAGAAGAUAGUUCUAAGCCAUCGCAGAAAGAUAAAUACCGAUGAUGAACACCAAUCUCGUUUGACGAUAAGGAAUGUAAUGGCGCAGGAUGAAGGAGAAUACCAUUGUCAAGCAAGGUAAACCUCUUUCUUUCUGCUGAAACUAUUGUUGUUUGGGUAUGGUGCCGUGCUGUGAGUAUUGUUCAGUGCCCUUUAAUCUUUUGGCUUACGUUGUUUGAUGAUCAAACACUUCCACAACAUCAAGGAACUAACACCUCUUUGCUAAACAACCACUUUGGGAUUCACCAUACAACUAUUCACGGAGCACCAAUUCAAAUCGCGUGUUCCUCUGUAUUCUCCACUCUUUUUCAUGUUAUGUGGGACCUUAAGGCCUCGGUACUGUUUAAAAGGCGAAUAAUACUAUUCACUGGACAAAUCUCUAUCCACGGGAUAACGCGAUUGGCUUCCCUAGCUUACACAUAUCUGCUGGAUAGUGAUUCAUCCAUGGAUAGCGUUAUCCGACGGUUGAACAACCGGGUCCAGAUCGUUAGCUUAAGUUCAUAUUUUUCAGUGGGCAACAUAAUGUAGAUUUUCACGAUUCGUUUUUUUUUUUUUCAUUAUUAUUAUCAUUAUUAUUAUAAUUAUUAUCAUUAUUAUUAUCAUUAUUAUCAUUAUCAUUAUCAUUAUCAUUAUCAUUAUCAUUAUCAUUAUUAUUAUUACUAUUAUUAUUUCAUUAAAUGUACUUUUUCUAAUCAAAGUUAAGUGUUUUUAAUUGGACAAAGUGUUUUGACGGAAUAGUUUUCUUAAGCGAAUUAAUUGUAAAUAGGAUUUUAAUAGUUAGCAUUGUUAUUCAAUAAUAAUAAUCAUCAUCAUCAUCUUUAUUGAGGAACUUUUUCAUAAAAGAUAUGGUUUUCAAAAAGGACCUCAAUAUUAUUAUGAUAUUUAUUAACUAAUAAUUAUUUUUGGGGGGAGGGACUAGUAGCUAAAACUGGAAGACAUUUUUCGUAGCCUACAGCCUCACCAUCUGUGGUGGGUUAUUUCCGAAUCGACCGAGGGAUAAUAUUAGUCUUUCAUAUAUCAAUCUGUACCUUAUCUUCACAAACAAAUCUGGAAAGAGUCCAACAUUUUUGUUCGACUUCGAAAACAGUACGAGAACAAAGCAAUGUCUGUUUUCUAAUUAAAGAAAUGCAUUUAGCCCACUAACGUUAUAGGGUAAAAAUUAAAUUAGACUAGAGUUCGGAGUGGUUUGCUUUUACAUCGAUGACGGAAACGAUGGUUUUAUAACUUUUCUUUUAGCACAGAGAAGGGAAACAUCUCGAAAUCUCUUACCAUUUUGGUUGAGCCAGUACUUGCAAUUAAUCCACUAGUCACGACCAAACGAGUUGGUAAGUUCUCAUCCUUGUGGCAAACAAAUCUUAAAUAAAAAUGAGAAUGAUUUGUUUUUGUUACCUGAUAAAUGACUUGGAAUAGCGCAUUAGACUGCGAGCAGUCCCUCUUCGGUCAGUCAAGUCUAAGCUCGGCAGGACUGGAGAGAGCGAAUUGGCCGAGAGGGACUGCUCGCAGUCUAAUAGCGCAUAUAAAUGUCAGCCAUUUUUUAAUCCUUACCCGUCUUUAAAUCAAAAGGGACCUUAAAAUCCGACGAGGGCGACGGCAACGGCGACGAGAACGCCAAAAAAGCAAUAGUUUAAUAACCAAAACAACAAUCUAGCACCUGCAUCACCCUUUUUUGGACAUUUUUUGGUACAUUUUUCCUGGAGUUAAAAUAGACCAUUUGCACGAUGAAGCGCAGGUAUGUACGUCUAAGAGUGGAUUCCAUUCCGUUUUUUCUUUUAUAAGUACAUUCGUUAAUCCAGUGAAGUUGAAAUGUAAGAAAAGCCUCACAAGGAAGAAAAACCCUGAAGGAUUUGGGUAGUACGUACGUAGCAAUAAAAUGACGUUGUCGCGCAAACGAUCUAUCCGGUAUGUAAUGCAACUAAAAAAUGGGAAAAAAGAAAAAGGCCUAUCACAAAUUAUUUUACUUAUUAAAUACAAUGCAUAAGAACUGUUUUCUUUCUUUCUUUUUUUCUUUCCUCCUUUCUUUCUUUUUCUUGGCGGUGGGGGGGAAAAUGAUGCAAUAGCAGCAGCAAAGUUAGUCACUUACUACAUAAGCUAUUAAUCUGAAGAAAAAGUACAGUCGCAAACGACCAUUUGCUUGGUGGUUUUAUGUAGGUGUUGGAUCAAGGUCAGGUUGUAUCGUUGCAAUUUAAUCCAGAAUGUUAUCUAAGGCUAUCCAACCUGUUUUAAUUAGCCUUACUGAGAUGCUUUUUCUAUUAAUCUUUGUUUUUUUUUUAGGCGAACAGGUUACAUUUAUUUGUAAUGUGAGCAGUGGACUCAGCAAUAUAACUAACCUAUCUUUAGUAGAAGUGACAAAGGUUAACAGCAAGCCAUCCUACCAGAAAGUGAGCGUCCCGAUAACUAACCUACAAAUUCCCGAAGGAAGCGAAAGACACGUGAGGCAAUUCAUCUGUGAGACGAAAUAUCAACAGAAGAAGUUCAAAAGCGAAUUAGCAGAGCUAAUCAUUGUUAAACUAGGUAAGUUCAGCGGUCAUGGCUCAAGUAAAGGACUCGGCGAGGUCGCAUUCUAAUCACAAACUAUUUCCUUUCCCCCUCCUUUUGUUUCUUUGUUGGUUUGUUUUGUUUUUGUCAAAUAGAACAUUACAAGACUGGAUCUUAUCUCUUUCGUUGUUUUUUAUUUGUUCUUUACACAGUCAUAUUCUGGAAACAUUUAAUGGGUGCUUGAUAUUUAGCAGAAAAGUUCUAGCCUUAGAAAACAGAACAUAUUUUGCCUAACUCGUACCCAGACGUCUCACUUUGAAUGACAAUUUGCGCGCAAAGGAAGGCGGGAAUGAGAAAACGAGCGAGACGUUUGGCGCUUCGCCUCUCAUUUUCCCCCUUCCCAUGGUCCCUUUCGAUUCGUCACCAGUCUCUCGCGUGUCACUUACGUUUUGCGCUCGCCUCUGUACGUGCAAAAAAUGAAGGGCCUGAGGAGACCGGAUAGCCAUUUGGCGACGUCACCACUGGUUUCCCCGCGACGUCUGAGGAACGAGCGCCUAAAUUCCAUUCAUAUGACGAGUCACUACUCAGAUCUGCAGUACUUCUGAUUGGUUCGGAGCAAAUAUUAAACUAAUCAGGACUACAAACCAACUGAGAUUGCCGGUAUUUUGAAUGAUUGUAGCAAUCAUUGUUCUGAGAUGGCAUCAAUCGUAACAUGGAUUAUUUUGCUUUUUUUGUCAAGACCCUAUGAGGCGUUUUUGUUUUCAAGUAGCCUGAGAAAACAGCCGACAUUUGGCGACGCUACUACUGGUUUCCCCGCCAAAUGACGUCUGAGAAACGAGCGCAGAAAUUCCAUACUGAUAACGCGUCACUACCCAGGUCUGGGUAGUGCUUCUGAUUGGUUGAAUCAAAUUUCCCACGCAGCACGAGUAAUCAGAAGCACCAACUAGAUCUGGGUAGUGACGCGUCAUCAGUAUGGAAUUUCUGCGCUCGUUUCUCAGACGUUAUUUGGCGGGGAAAGCUGUGAUGGUGCUGCGAAUUGUGGGCUGUUUUCUUAGGUUACCUUUCAAGCAGUCUUUGAGAAACUGAUGAACAGAUCUUUAUUUCUUUUAGAUUCUCCUGAAUGUCCAAAAGAUACUUUAGGUGGGGUUGAGUGGUCCCCUACAGCUGGAGGGAGCAAGGAUAUCAAACCUUGUCCGAAUGGGGCUCUAGGUAUGUUAAGGAGAUAACUAAUCACAGUGGUUACCAGCGACUUAGCUUUUUAAUGAUAUGAAACAGCCGCAGUGGUCCUGCCGGAGUUUUGUUAGACUGCAUUCACAUUUCUUUUUCUUAUGUUUCUAUCCUAGCUGUAAAUGAUUCCCAGAACUCUUUAGGUUUGCAAAGCAUGCGAUGAUACUGAUGAAGCAGACAUGAACGCUUACCUGUGAUUUCAUUCUUAAGUCCACAACAUGUGUAGAAGUGCAUCGAUUUUUGGGACUCAAUGUUUCUUUCUUUCCUUUUCUCUUUCUUUUCUUUUCUUUUUUUUUUUUUUGGGAGGGGGGGGGGUAGGCGACGGAUCUAUUUCUACGUCUGUUAUUUUGUUAUUAUUUCUUUAUUUACUUUUUAUUUUGAACUCAAACAAAAAGGGCGUCUGUUCAUCGUUGUUUAAGUUUUGUUAUUCUUAUCUGGCUUUGCUACCAAACGUUAACGAGAGUGUCCUUAAGACAAUGUUAGACGGGGGAAUCACAUCUGCUAUGAAUGUAAUCUUCAUCUAAGCGCUGUUGCGACUGACUCGUUGAGACACGUCUAUCUGAUGCUCUUCCGUAGGAACCGCAACAAGAACAUGUGCUGAGAAAGGGAUUUGGGCGAGCGCAAACUUCACAGGCUGCAGCUCUGUUGAGUUCAACAAGUUAGCUGAUGCAGUAAGUGAGAUGAUCUUCUUUCAAUCUGUCCUAAACCUAAUCAAUAACACAUAUUUCGCCUCAUUUGCUUACACUGGACAUUGUUGUUCAUCAAUUGUUUUCAUAGUCUUGCGAAAUGUGUACCCAGGAGUCAUCAUAAUUAGGUGGAAUAUGAACGUCGGUGCGUUGACAGAUGUAAAAGAAUCCGGAAAUUUUUUGCUUUUGGAAUCGGGAAUCCUUGUUUUUGGAAUCCAGAAUAUUGUUCAAGGAAUCGUGAAUCGCACUAACGGUUGUAAUCAGGAAUUCAAGUUUCAUUGACAGAGGGUCCGGACUCUGGUACCAAGAAUCCGUAAUCCACCGCAUGUCUUGGAUUUCCAAGAUUCAUGUAAGGGGAUCUUGGACUCCCUUAUAUGGGGUGACGUGUGAGUGUGGCCCGUGUACCUGACCACCGUGCAAGUUAUCAAAACGAAAGUCGUUGUCGUCCUACUCUCAACCAUAAAAUCAUUUUCCACGCGCUUGAGCCUCACUUUAUGGUGUUUCAUCCACAAGCAGAUCAUGCUGAAGUGGUCAACUCAUGGAUAACAUAUAUUCUGUUGUAAGCUAAAAUGCGUCCACUCUACAUCCAAAUCCUUGAACGCCUUUUUCUUUGCCACUCAUUAACCAAUUGUCGAUGUUUCAUUUAAGAUGGCCACCAUUUCAGGAGGUUUUCAGUCUGACCUGACUGUGCAAGAAGUUCUUUCAAAGCUGUCAAAUGCGACUCAGCCCACACAAGUUCCUCUGGGGUCUCCUCGGGUCUACGGAGGGGACCUGGUUAUAGCGGUGGACAUACUCGUUAAAAUAUCGCAAUAUGAUAGAGAAAAAGUUAGUUCACGUGAUGACUUUGACAACUUUGCACAUGUGGCCAGCAAUCUGUUGGAGACAACGAACAGCGAGACUUGGAAGGAACUGGAGGAAGUAAGUAUAUCACAUAGGCUAGAUUUUAGCCACUGUCUAGGGUCCGGUCUUGUUCCUCAAGCGAGGACUCGUUUCUAGAUUUGCCAUUUCAUUGGCUUGCUUAGUGGAUAAGUCUUCACAGCAAAAUCAGAGAUUAGUUGAGAUUACAAUUGAAACUUUUGCCAGCAUCUGUUAACUAGUUUGCAGAUCCCAGGGGUUUAUGCCAUUGUUACGCACCAACUGGGGAUGACAACCUUUCCAAGGACUUUUUGGGUAAAUAAAUACUUGUUCUGGUCCCCUAACGGAAUCAACGAAUUACUGGUGCGUUUUGAAGUCCCAUUUAACCUGAUUUACCAGACAAACGCGAGAAUUUUUAAACAGGCCAAUGAUGGUGUGUACUCAAAUCCUGGUACACGGGUCUGCUGGACUGCAGACAAGUAAAGUUUCGCCUGUUGCGCAGGCUACAAACUGCUUUAUUGUGUGUGCUCGCUAGAGUAGAAUAUGGGAAGGCUCUUGGAUGGAAUAUAGCUGCAACACGUCAGAGUAGAAAUUACUGAGUUUCAACUCAUUUUAACCCUAAUAUGUGUUGCAUUUACAGGCUGGCAAAGACAGGAGCAAAAUCUUGGUAAAAGCAAUGGAUGCUUAUGGGCUAGCUGUUGCCGCCACGUUAAACGGGUCGACAAAGCCAGUUGUUGCGCAAACCCAAAACCUGCUGAUGAGAAUUGACCGCGUUAAAAUGGACAGCCAGGUAAAAAAUAAUAAUAAUUUACGCUAAAAAGUAAAUAAUCCUCAAGUGACACAGCCGCCAGAACGUUUGCGCGGGAGGUUAUUUAUAGGCUUAGGUCUAAUAGGGUUACAUGUAUCUUGGGAAAAAAAAAUUAGAUAAAAAAAUUCUUUAGGUUGUAAUGUCAGCAAAGAGGAUUAGUCUAGCGGUUAAGUGCAAAUCUGAGGAGAAUUGUGUCUUUGAUGAUAAAAGCACGAUUUUUGGCACAGAGAUAAUAGAGAUCUUAAAAAACAUUUUUUGAUAUAGGGCCAUCCCAGAUUAAUCACGUGACCUCCAUUACAUUUAUCUAAAAAUGACGUCAAUGGGGGCGAUCUUUUUGCUUCAUUUCAAGUAGAAAUAGAGUAGUAUUACGUCCACUUUUUCAUAAAAUCCUUAUUUUUCCGCUCCCAUACAUCUAAAAAUAAUAAUAUUAGAAAUAGAGUAGUAUUACGUCCACUUUUUCAUAAAAUCCUUAUUUUUCCGCUCCCAUACAUCUAAAAAUAAUAAUAUUUUUGGAAUGGUAGCAGUAAAUCACCGAUGAUGCUAUAUUUCAGUUUUUAUCCUUCGGGAAAACAUAGAAGUAACGUCGUGAUAACACGUGCUAUUUAACUUCGGUAGGAAAAUUAACAGCAACAACAACUUGACGGCUUUUUAUCUCAAGAUAUUUAUGAUUGCUUGUCAGUUUGAGCUUAAGUUUCGUUCGUUUCGUCCAAAGUUAAGCAAAAUGUUUCUGUUAGCCUGUUAUUAGCUAAAAGUUUUUCAGUCAGAGAACGUUUUUUAGUAUUAGUUUAACAAUCCUGGCUUUUACUGUUGAAGUGAAUUAAACAAUUAAAUAAAACACCUAACCAAAUUUUUCCUUGCGAGAAAAAAGAAUUGGAACGUGAGCAUAUAACUCACUUAUUUAGUUUGUUAUUGGUUGGGAACAUUUCCUAGUGUUGUGUAGUCUAGUAUUUAUACAUUGAAUAGCGGAAACAAUUUGGUAUAUGAUAUAUAUCUUCAUAAUUUUAAAGAACAUGGUUACAUAUUCAAAAAAGGUAUACUUUCAGUCUUUUUAAUAUUUCAUGAAUUUCGGCUUUUCAGUUGAAAGAAAACUCUUCACUGCAAGCCGCCAUAAUUUUGAUAGUAAAGUGUAGCUAUGGCAAAAGUUUACAAGGUUAUCAAUGACCCUUUAAAACCUGCAACAGAAGCUUCUGAUACGUCGUGUUUACCAGUAGAUUGGAACAAGUGUAUUUUGUGUCAGACAGACACAUCUGAAAUCCUGUAUCGUCCGGCUGAUUCUAAGCGUAUCACGAAAGGAGCAGGUUAUAAGACUGUGGGAGAAAAUCUUCAAGCUUUUGAGAAAAUUGGUUCUUUGCCUAAAACAAUAAAUCUGUGCCGAUUAAAUGAAGGAGAAGGAAUCGAAGCGAGUUUCCAGCAACAUAAAGCCAAAUGGCAUGACUCGUGUAGACUGAAGUUCAACAAGACAAAACUCCAACGGACAGAAAAGAGAAAAGCAGUUCCAGAUGAUAGUUCAAGUUCAAAAAGCGGAAGAAAAUACACGCGUAGAAGCCUUGAAAAGUUACCAAACCCUAUUCAUCAAUGCUUCUUCUGUGGUAAGCAAGCUGAAGGUGAAGACUCUUUGCACCGAGCAUCGACACUUGAGGUUGAUGCCCGAGUUCGUCACUGCGCUUUACAGUUACAGGACAAACCUCUAUUAGCCAAACUGAGUGCUGGAGACAUGGUAGCUCAAGAUGCUGAAUAUCAUGUCAAAUGCCUUGUUUCCCUCUAUAACAGAGCACGAGGAACCGAAACAUAUAGUGCAGAAAGUGAUGCGGAUGCCGUUAAUCACGGCAUUGCUUUUGCUGAACUUGUUUCUUAAAUAGAAGAUGCAAGAAUGGACAAUCUGGUAGCCCCAAUUUUCAAAUUGUCUGACCUAGUCAGUCUAUACAGCAACAGGCUUAAACAACUUGGAACAGAAGUAGCGGGACGCAUCCACUCAACUAAACUCAAGAUUAGAGUGUUGAGCUACUUUUCACACAUGGAAGCUCAUACCCACGGCCGUGAAGUUAUUCUGGCUUUCAACGGCGAUGUUGGUGCCGCACUGAGAAAAGCAUGUGAACAUGACGCUGAUGGGGAUGCUGUUCAUCUUGCUAGGGCUGCCACUAUAGUUAGAAGAGAUAUGUUCAGUAAGAAAAUGGAAUUCAAUGGCUCAUUCUCCACUACUUGCCAGGAACAGUCUGUGCCUAAUUCACUGCUAGCACUGGUUACUAUGGUACUUAAUGGACCAAAUAUCAAAUCACGUUCCUCCAAUGUGUCUCAGGCUACCCUUUCUAUGUCUCAGCUUCUUCUAUACAACAGCGUGAAGCGCUACAACGAAAAUGAUACAGAUAUUGUCCGACACAGCCAACAACGAGAAGCACCUCUACCAGUCUAUUUAGGUGUGAUGCUUCAUACAAAGACCAGGAAACGUGAACUUGUGGACGCUCUUUUUAAUCUUGGCUUGUGUAUAUCGUAUGACCGUGUAUUAAAAAUCUCCACUGAGCUGGGAAACAACAUUUGUUACUACUAUCAGCAGAAAAAAGGUUGUUUGUCCCCCUCGACUGAAAGGUGGUAUUUUCACCACCACUGCAGUAGACAACAUUGACCACAAUCCCAGCUCAACUAGCUCUCACGACUCAUUUCAUGGAACUGGGAUAUCCCUCUUUCAGCACCCCACUGAGAAAAACAAUGACGAAAACAGUGGAGUUCAGCUUCCUGCUGACGCAAUUCAGGACAAUAUACGUGCACAAAAGAAGGCAUUAAUGCUACCAGAGUUUUACACAACGGUGCCUCCUGUCGCUUUGCGUAGGGACGACCCACCCAUCCCACAGCUUCAAGGGCCCAACAAAGGAGAGUGCCUGCGCAUUCCUGAAGAAAGGAAGGAAUACCGGUACAGUUGGCAAAAAUCUUUUUUUUGACAUUGUUUUCCUAGGUGACUGUAACUGGAGUAUUAAUAACUACAAAACUGAUAUUUUAUUUGUACAAUUUACAGAUGGUUGCAAGAGGUAAAUCGAGUAGUAACUAAUGAGACCGUAAAAGAUGCUGAUGCCGUUUCCUGGUCUGCAUACCAUGCAAGUCCACAACCUUCUAGUAAAUCAUCCGAAUGCUGCGUCACAGCAACCUCUCUACUGCCUCUUUUUCAUGAUCAAGCCCACUCCGUAGCCAUGAUCCGCCACUCAAUGGACAUUGUUAGCAAAGCAGUGCAGAGUUUAAAUCCUGGUCAGAUGCCCAUUAUCACUGCAGAUCAACCUCUAUACACAAUUGCAAAGCAAAUCCAGUGGAACUGGCCAGGAACCCAUGGUGAGGAUAAGUUUGUGGUGAUGUUUGGGGGACUGCACAUUGAAAUGGCAGCUCUGAAGGCCAUAGGAAAUCUCUUAGACGGCAGUGGAUGGGGAAGUGCACUAGUACAAGCCGGUGCUGCUACGCCUGGGACGGCUGAUUCAUUUUGUCGCGUUACUCAUGUGACACGCACUAUAAGAGCCCAUCAGAUCACGGCUGGCAGUCUGUUUGUACUUCUUGAAAAGGCUUAUUCUCAGUAUCUUGUCAGUCUGAGCGACGACCAGAAUCCGCUGUCAUUAGAAGAGUGGUGUUCGCACAGUGCAGAGCUUUAUCCACAGUUCAAGUUCUGCUUGCUUAUCCUGCAGAUGCAAUUGGCCGUAUUGAUCUACAUUAGAGCUAUUAGAGAAGCUGACUUCGAGCUGUACGUUGACGCACUCACGCAAAUUGUUCCGUGGUUCUUUGCUCUAGACCAAAUUCACUACGCUAGAUAGAUCCCUGUUCAUUUACGGGACAUGGUUACACUGAAAGACGUUCAUCCAACUGUUUUUGCUGAGUUCAUGAAAGGAAAUUUUGUUGUAAAGAAGACAGAACGCAGAUUCUCGGCUAUAGCAAUUGAUCAAGCGCAUGAACAGAACAAUGCUUCUGUGAAAGAUGACGGAGGAGCUGUUGGCUUAACGGAAAAUCCGGCUGCAUUUUGGCGGUGGAUGGUAUCUGGACCAGAGAUGGCCAAAGUUAUUGAAGAGUUUGAAGCAUCAACAGAGAAGAGAAAAUGUUUAGAUUUCCGUCAUCAUGAGGAGGCCAAACACGUGCAGAAAAAAUUUACCCAAAAUGUUGAAGAUCUCGCCAAAGCCAUCGAAGAAAUGGGAAAUCCAUUCACCGAGAACAGCAACGAUCUUCUUGUUCUAGACAGUAGAGACCUUGCAGAUCCAGCCAUUAUUGAUUCUGUUCGUAAAAUUGAGAAAUUGGGACAAGAGCAGUAUGACAUCUAUGUAGGAGAGAGGCUAGUCAAUCAAACAAAGUCCGUCUGGGAGCCUAUCAAGAAGAACAAUUUGGCACUAUUUAGCCGACCUCCAAUCCGAGAAAAGACAAAGUCGCAGCUACAGCUUGCUUCCCUGAAAAAUGACUGCUCCCUCUUUUCACGUCUUUACGUUGCAUCACAGGUCCGCAAUGGGAAUCUUGAUGAAUUUUUCGAGCAUGAGAAUCAGGCAUACCCUCCAGCAUUAUCACUAAAUGGCAAGCUGAGAACCGGUACUAAGUCUGACCUUGUUAGUUGUCUUGAAGAACUGGUUAAUUCCCGCGAGAAUGCCACUCAUCCCAGUGUGGAAGUUAUCAUCCUCGAUGGCUCUGUCAUUGUAAACAUGCUUCGACCAGGUUCAGCAAAAACUUUCUCGGAUUAUGCUUCGCAAGUUUUUCUUCCAUACGUAGCGUCCCAGCUGCAGCAAGCAAGUAGAAUUGACAUCGUUUGGGAUGAGUACCGCCCUGACAGUUUGAAAGCUGAAACGAGGGUGAAGAGAAGAAAGGGAGUUCGAAGACGCGUAGAGGCUUCAACACCAAUUCCAGGAAACUGGCAAGAGUUUUUGCGCACUGAUGAAAACAAAGUAGAACUGUUUAGUUUUCUAGCAAAAAGAGUGCCAUGCAUCGAAACCGAAAAGCAAGUUCUCAGCACUAUUCAGUCUGAUGUAGUUUGCACUCAGUCAAAAAAUGUUUCGAGGCUUACCCCAUGUACACACGAAGAAGCAGAUACCAGGAUCAUCUUGCACUUGGAGGACGCUGUCACUGAAGGAUUUAACAAAAUAUCCAUUCGUACCGUUGACACCGAUGUAGUGGUUUUGGCAGUGGCAGCAGCACAGCGCCACGGAAACACUGAAAUCUGGAUCGCUUUUGGUACAGGAAAGAGUUUCCGCUUUUUGGCCGCUCAUGAGAUGGCUAGAAUACUGGGACCAGACCGAUGUAUUGCCUUGCCGAUGUUCCACGCCUUUACUUGGUGUGACACUGUUUCAUUUUUUGGAGGAAGAGGUAAACGAACUGCCUGGGACACGUGGAGAUCCUACAACGAUAUCACAUCGAUAUUCGCCUCUUUGGCAAACACCCCAGAGUCUGUGGACAGCUCAGUUACAUCACUGGAGCGAUUUGUGAUUUUUCUGUAUGAUCGCAGCAGCAGCCUAGAAGACAUCAAUCAGGCCAGGAAACACCUCUUUGCGCAAAAAGGGAGGUCGAUCGAAAACAUUCCACCGACGAAAGCAGCCCUUGUACAGCACAUCAAGCGGGCAGUCUAUCAAGCUGGUUAUUGCUGCGCACAAGCGACGACUUCAAGCCCUGAUCUCCCAUGCCCUAGUGAAUGGGGCUGGAAAAGAAAGGAGCCAUGCAGCUGGGAAGACAACUGGACAUCACUGCCAGAAGCAACGGUGGCCUGCAGAGAACUUUUGAGGUGUCGUUGCAAGAAAGGUUGCAGAAAAGAACUGCAAAUGCUCAAAGGCUGCUCUGCAGUGCACAGCUCUAUGUCAACGUGGUGGACAAUGCACUGAGAACUAGGAUUUUUCAUGGUCAAACAGCAUUGAAUUCUAUACUUUCUACGCUUUCUAUUACAUGUAGCUUUUAUUCAUGGUAGUAAGGAUUUCUUAGAACGAAAGUCGUUAUUUUCCAUUUCUAAAGUGGUGUUUUUAAAACAGCAGGAAACCAGUUUUUCUAUACGAAUCUGUCCCUAUGUUCGUACCAAGCUCUAUAAUCGAACAUUUGCAAUAGUUUUUUCUACACCAUCAUGUUGCACUUUUGUCAUGUGUAUCAUAAUUUGGUAUAAGAGAACCAAAUUCUGUAUUAUUCUUACUUUUACCCUAUGCUUACACCUUAUUUAGUGCUUACAUGACGUUUUUAAGUAAUAAGGUUGUUGCCAUGACAACAGUAAAGGGCUGCGAUGUGAGUAUUGUGAUGAGGACACAAUAAAUACGGUGUAAGAAGCAUCCUGACCUUAAAGUGUAAUUUAUUUCGUUAACUGCUAUAGAUUUAUUAAUGGUAAAUGUAAAAAGGCCACGCCCUUUUUAAAAAACGCCGCCAUGUUGGUCACGUGACUAAUCUGCGAUGGCCCUAUAUCUGAAUUUUUUUAAAAAGAUAUGAGCUGCAAGUGUGCCAAGUUUCAUUCUUUUAUCAUAAAAGGCACAAUUUUUACUCCCAACUGCUGGACUAGAUGGGACGGAAUACAAAUUUGGCACACUUCACUUUUGGAAUAACUGUGCAUUGCAAUUCAUACAGCACAAAUAUCACCUCAGCCAAAAUUUAGCGUCAAAUUAUUCAAUUCAAAACCUCGGGUAUUUUCAUUCCAAAAGUAGGAAGUAAAAUAAGAUAAUAUUUUGUCAGAAAUACCAAUGUAUCUUUAGUUAGAUAAUUUUGCUUUGCAUAAAAUUUGAUUCGAUCUUGAAUUUAUAGUCUAAACCAUAACUUUACUUUUAUAUUUGUAUACCUUUCAGGGUUUAAAGAUCGCUUACAACCAAAGUUCUAUCUAUUUGCCUUCGCAAGCAUUCAGUUCAUCCGAAGAUUCAUCUGUGGUAACCAUUGUGUUUCUGACGUUAAAUGAAGUUUUGUCACUUCCAAAGGAAAGUCAGAACGACGAAGGCAACGCCAUCUCGCCUGAUACUACAGUUAUAUCUUCCACCGUUGAUCCAAAGCUUCCGGACGUUUUCAAAAAGCCAGUUAAAAUCGUACUACGCAAUACAAAGGUACGCGUCUGAUAUCUGAGUAUGCUUCUUUGUUGUUAUCGACUGACUUUUUAGUCCUAAAUAUGCUUUAUUUAUCUAUAAACUGGAAAAUCCUCACUAUUACUGCAAAAAAAAAUUUAAAAAAUGAAAGCAAUACAGUGGAACCUCCAUGUGCGACCACCUCUCGAGUAAACGACUCUCUCCCAUCAGUGACCGCGUAUCCAAAACACCAAAGCUUUCCCAGUCAAAGCCUUACAGUUGGAUCCCCUAGUAAACGAUCACCUCCUGUAAGCGACCGCGACCACUUUUUGGGCCUGUAAGCUUAAUGAUUUUCUUUUGUUUUGAACCUCUUGUAAGCGACCAUUUGACGUAUUCUCUGAUCUCUAUGUUUACUGUGUGCAUUGUGCUACUUUAAAUAUACAAAAAACUUUAGUGACAACAUGGAACUACAUAUGGUGUAACUUAAAAAUUGCAUGGAAUAAAUUAUCUUCCAUAAAGUAGUUGGCCCCCCAUGUGGUUCGAUUCUUAUAAGCGACCACCUUCCGUAGGCUACCACUCAGUCUUUGCAUUUUAGGUGGUCGCUCACGGGAGGUUCGACUGUGUCUGUUUUACAAGACUGCAGUGUGGGAGCCUGAUUGAUUGUUGUUGUGAUGUCGGUUAGUUUCCCUUUUAAAGCAUCCAGAGAGUCCAAUUUCUUUAAGCCGAGGGGUAGGCUAUUCCAUAGGACCGCCCCGCUGUAGCCAAAGCUACACUUAACUUAACAUAGUUUGUAUGUGGUUUGGGUAAGUCUAGUUUGAUCUCGGAAUCUCAUAGAUUAUACGGAGAAAUCUACAAAUUCUUGGGGAAAAGUAUAUACUGUUUAUACUGUUCAAAUAUAUACUACCGAACCAUUUGCGAUAAACUUAUGUCUGGUCUAAUGAAAAUUUGUUAUUUUCUGUUUCCUCUUCUUUUGUUCUUUGUUUUUGUUUUUCUUUACGGGAAGAUUAACACGUCUUCUGAGUCAGACGCAAUUCCACAAGGAAAGUGUGUAUUCUGGCGUCCAGAUGAGUCUGCGAUAUGGAACACCAGCGGUUGUAGACUUGUACCCAGUGAAUCGAACGUCACUAUGACAACGUGUGAAUGUGAUCACCUGACAAUUUUUGCAGCACUUAUGGAUCCAUACGACUCAACUGUAAGUUGAUCACAACUUAAAUAAACACUUAGCGCGCAAGUGGAUUUAGUUUUACCUAUUCUCUGACUCUAAUGCAGAGGGAUGUUCUACCAUCCCGUAUAGAAAGUGAUUGAAUUAACUAGUCACAAGUGUUUUAAAAAAUUCGAAUAACCACGUUGGUCUUGUAACGAUAUUUAGCUUAUUUUUAAUCUAAAGGCCAGUUUAUGACGGAAAACUUUGUCGGAUAAUCGGGGCAUGGUUCUUUGGUGUGAAUAAGAACCGUGACACUUGCAAGCCAGUAAUAGAUUUUUUUUAGUUUUCAACACUGACGUAUUCGAUACUGUUUAGUGUUUAUGCCUUGUAAAAAAAUUCAUUUGCACCAUGAAAAUCACCUUUGCCUUUGCUAGGAAAGCAGAUAUUUAAUAAAACUACUUACUAAAAGACGUACAAAACGUCAUUUGUGCUUUAUAAGAGUCAAGUUCAAUCUAAUUGGAACCAUAGAAACGAGGGGAAAAAACGCGGGCCUAUAUACGCGCAUGUACGCUCAUUGAUCAAAAAGUUAUUUUUCAAUUUUUUUUUGCGAAAACUGCCUUAAACAGAUAUAUAUGACAAAUUUAGGCCGUUCUACAUGGUUUGCUCUUGUCAUUUCUCCUUGGCCUCCAGAAACGGACAUUUAUCAAGCACCGUGCAAAAGGACAUAAUAUUGUUGGUCAACAACUCCAAACAUUGUUGGAUGUUACAUGUUUCGUCUGUUUCAUCACCCUAUGUUGCAUAUGCUUGGUUGUUGUUGGGAAUAGAAGCGCAAAGUUUGAGGCCGGUCACACUUGUAGCUACGUGCAAACGGAUGCAACAAUUCGAAACAUUAUUAAGCCAAAAACCUUGGGAGUUAUUGCGUCAGUGUUGGCAGUGGUGUGCAAACGGAUGCAACAUUUCCCAACUGUAACGUUGAGACCUGCACUGCAUUGUGGGAAGGAUACAACCCAUAAUACUUUAGAGACCACGGGUAAUGAGCGUGCGUUGCCCUUAUCAAGUUAGAAGAGCUGUGCAAACGGAUCCAUGAGGGCGUUUAAGAUCCAACGACGCGGACGGCAACGAGAACGCCAAAAAAACAAUAGGUUCUACAAGUAAAACAACAACUUUACACGUGCAUCACGUUUUUUUUUACAUUUCUUUGCCCGUUUUUGCACGACUACGACGUGAAAAUGCCUAAUUUCACGUUUUAUGGAGGACAUACAGUAAACAAGCAAAGACGAAAUUUUAUUUCUCUUUUUUAACUUGGAUAUGGUCCCUAGGAAUUCAAUUUCAGGAGGGUUCGCCUACAUUUAACAAAGCAAGUGGGUAAGAAUAAUGGCGAUAAAGACUGAAAGGUUAGACAAAUUCACUUUUUAAGAGACGUUCUCGUUGCCGUCGCGUCGUUGGAUCUUAAUUAAUGUCCCUCUUGUUGCGCUACGCUUCGGCGAUCAUGGAACAAACGAAACGUUGGGACUUAUUGGCUCUAAAGUUCGACCGGUUACAAACUUUGCGCAUUAACAACUUUCAUGACGCAACAACAUGCAAAACAGGGUGUGCAAACGAAAUCAACAUGAAACAUGCAACAAUGUCGCGUCCGUUUGCAAGGGGCUUUAAGCAGUACAAGAAACGAAAAUAUUGCAUGAUCGCAGGUUAAAACUGGCUUCCGGCUUGCCCCGGGAUAUAUCGUGGGAGAAACCAUAAUCAGUGACCAAUCGCAUAAAAUCACUUGUCAGGCUUUCACUGCCGAUGUCGCCUGAACAAAAAUAGUGCGAGGUCUAUUUCAUUCUCGUCUGUCUUUUAUUUUCUACACAGUUAGGCGAAAGUGACCGGAAAGCCUUGGAGAUCAUCUCAAUUGUUGGCUGUUCUAUUUCACUGCUUGCUGUGCUUAUCACAAUGGCUGUAACUUUGUUUUUCUGGAGGGUAAUAAAAAGUCCAAGAUCUAAAGUGCUGCUCAAUUUAUGCACCGCAAUCGCCGCAUCUUGUACUCUUGUCAUAUUUGAAGGUUUAGCAAGAAACACGGUAGGUUUAUCACGGUUUAGUACACUUCAACAAAAUGGAUACGAUAUAACUAUAAUCUGUUAAGACUGUUAACCGUUUGUUACAAAGAUGACGACCAAACAGCUGAAUUAUGACUGUGUUGAAAAUUGUCUGCUGAAUUAUCGACGUCCGCAUGAGAGUUUGGCUGUUUGAAUUUUUGUUUGUUUGUUUUUUAACUAAUUUUUGGCAAUAAUAGGCUUGUUAGGUGCGUAUGACAACAUAACAGAAACCUUCUCGGAUUUAAGAGUUCAAUUUGGCUGGUUUGAUUGUAUGCGUGUUUGUAAUAUUAUGUGACUAGUCUGCUAACAUGGACUUCAAAUUAAGUUAUAUAAAUUUCAGCUCUUUGCCAAAAAAAAUCAGCCAAACAUAAUUAUGCAGAUCGCCUAAAACAUAAUUAUGGUCUAAUAUUUGCUCAUCGCUUCUCUGAAAAGUUAAAACGGGAACCAUCAAAGCCUACCGCAUCGAAAGUCUUUAUUCACACUGGCUAGGCCUUCCCUAUCUACAGGGGUAUUGAAGUCCAGCGUAGUUGUUUUCUCUUAAGCCCAAAGAUGCUAUUCAAUAUGCUCCGGGUUUUUGGUGGGUGUUUUCCUAUUACGAAGAUGUUGAUAAUUGUUUACAGUUUUUCGUUUUGGUCUGUUUAAUUAUCAGGCUGGGUGUCCUGUUUUAGCGGCCCUUUUGCACUAUGUCUUGUUGGCACUAUUUUCAUGGAUGCUGUGUGAGGGCGUACUGCAUUACAUUUUAAUUAUAAAAGUUUUUGGAGGUGGAUCUGGAACUAAAGUCAGAUACUUCUGCCUGUUUGCGUGGGGUAGGUUUCUUUUACUACUGCUGUGGAAUUUUUCCUCCAAACAUACUGGUAUUGAUCACCCAAUGUAAGUAAACAAGGCAGUCUAGGAUUCUGGGAUUUCAGGCUGUGGAUUCCGGAUUACAGGUACCGGAUUCCUGAUGGUCUCUCAGUAGAACUUGCAUGGAUUUCGGAUUCCAAUCCUUGGCGGGAUUCCGGAUUCUUUGAGCUGAAUUUUAUAUCACAAAGCUCAGGAUUGCGGAUACCAAAGUCAAACAUUUCUCAGAUUCCGGAUUCUGCAAGCAAAAUUGUACAUUGUUAUAUCAAUCCUACAUAUACAUUUAACAGCCGGCUAAAUAGCUCUGCCGGUUACUAAUAAACCUCAGAGGUCCCAGGGAACUUGACCCUUUAUCUUUUCAUAAAUUAUGCGUAGAUAUAUAUGCACUUGAAUAAGACGAAAGUUGAAAGAAACAUUUCUUUAAUAUCGCAUGACCUGUAUUUGGAAAGCAAAACUUACAUUCAAGCUAAAGAGGUCUAUUGUGGCUGCUAGGCACUAGAUUCCCUUAUUGAUUCCUUGCAUGAAAUCUCAAGUAUUAACAUUAAUGCCUGACAUCUUUUUAAUUGUUGCUUCAACUGUACUUUAUUGUAUUUUUCCCUAGGGUGUCCAGCUGUCGUAGUGGCCGUUUCACUUGCUAUUACUCGAGCAAAGGGUUACGGAAGCUCAGGGACUUGCUGGCUGGAUGUCGAUAGUGGACUAAUUUGGGCCUUCAUUGGUCCAGCGCUGCUCGUUAUUUUGGUUAGUAACAUUAUUGCCUCAUAAGAUAUCUGAAAUGGGCUGUGAUGUUAUUCUCAAAGUUCUAGACCUUUGAUCAAGAAGGGCUAGGUCUUAAGAGUUCCAAAAUUAAACAUUUUCAUUUGUUUGCCUACAAGGUAAAGCUAUAUUCAGCAUCAAAUUACGCUUCGCUGGAUCGACUCUUCGCGUGAUUUGGAACUGCCAAGAUAGUUUUAAGAGAAAGUCUAAGAUAUUGCUGGGUGUUUGGAAGUUUUGGAACUCAUAAGUUUUAUUUCAUUUUAUUUAUUUCUUACGACUGUCAUCCUGUCGUUGUUUUUGCAAUCCGAACCAUGUUGAAGGAAUAAAAAAAUUGAAACCUUUCCUUAUUAUUCCACAUGAUAAUUAAAGUACCACGCUACACCAUUUUGCUCAACCUAUCCUAAAUGCAACAUAGGCGAACUUAUUGAGGGAGGGAAUGGGGAAAGUCCAAGGUUCUUAAGCAACGCCAUUUUGAACAACUUUAAGACUGCCUUAUAAAAGGAAAUCCAAGACUUUUUUUGGAUUGUGGAUUCCACACUGUGGUUUCUGCAGAUUCCUUGUCAGUGGAACUUGUAUUCUAGAUUCCAAUCCUUUGCAGGAUUCCGGGUGCCUUGAGCCAAAUCCCGGAUUCCAAAACCUGGGAUUCGCGAUUAGACAAGCAAAGAUUUUCCCGCAUUUGGGAAUCCGUAUUAACUUACAUUGGGCGAUUAAGCUCAGGAGCGUGAGAAUGUAUAUUCACUAAUUUUUCUGUUCUUUUAUACAGAUCAAUGCAUUCGUGUUUAUCUUAGUGAUGUAUCGAAUGAUGGGAACAAAAUUUAUACAAGACAAGACACAGAUUGAAAAAGUGAAAGCUGGGAUCAAAGCCUCGGUGGUAAUACUUCCUUUACUCGGACUCACGUGGCUAUUUGGACUCCUGGGUUUCAGUUUAGAUACCAUAGCAUUCAAGUACAUAUUUGCUGUCUUUAAUUCACUUCAGGGACUAAUGAUCUUCAUAUUCCACUGCGCUCUGAACAAAGAGGUGAGGAAAGACUGCGUUUUGUUUUUGUUUUGUUUUGUUUUUGUUUUUGUUUUUGUUUUUUUUGCAAAUUACGGUUAGCGCCUUUGUUAAUUAAAGCUCGAUGGAAUUACCAAAUUAGAGUAUGAAAAGAAAAACGAAACGAUUUCUGGCAGUAUUAAUAAAUUUAACACCAUAAUCGUGCAAAUGGCCUAUUAGUCCUAUUAGUGAGAUUACAUUGGAACAGUUGAAAUCUGAAUCAACUCAGAAGUAUGUCUCUCAUGCUAAACAUAUAGGAAGACAUUUACAUCAGUGCAAUAUUCUUUAAAAUAUUCUGAUACAAGGUUUUAGUCCACUCAAUUUAGUCCACUCAAUUUACUCAAUUUCCUGGAUGAUUCCGUCUGAUUAAAAAAAAAUCCUAUAUAACUAUGACUGGUGUGUUGAAAUAAAGAUCUGCAGGUACCCUUAUCUGCUUAAGAGAGCUAGUAACAAACGCGCCAAAUUUAUGUUUUUAUGCGACCUGUGCUCAAUUUGAUAACACUUCAACAAGUGAAAUCUGCAAAUGUAGCUGUUGUUUUUAGACUAAAACAACAGCUACACUUGUGAAUUACACUUGUAAACGUUGUAUGAAAUUGACCCCGGUUCGAUCCCGCCGCACCAUUUCUGAAAGACUUUUGAAGGAUAUGUAAAGUUUUUUUUUUUUUUAAAUAUAUUUUCAGAUGAAGACAAGAUGGUUUUGAUCUCUACUGCAUGUUAACUAAAUCCUAAUAUUAAAGCAAAAUAACCUGACGACUAUUAAUAAUGCUUUUUCUAUACCCAGAUACGGGACGCUAUAAAACGCAAACGAGCUAGAUGCAAUACAGGAUUUUCAUCCGGGACUUUGAAAACCCGAGCCUCUCCUUCCAUGAUGCGAAGCGAUCUUGCUGUUAAUCAACUAGGUAAGUUAAUUUUAACAAUGUUCGCUACAUUUUAAAAUGUUGAGUUAUAGGUCAGGAGCUGAUUACUAGGUUCAGUCGCAGGUAGACACUUAUUUAGACAAAAUGACGACAACCAAAUCCUGCGGUUUUAUCCAAGCCAAAAAUAUAAAUGUUAAUAGCAAAACGGCAAAGACAAAGGCGACUUGAAGUUUCCCGAUAUUUCGGACGGAAAAGCCGUCCUUUUGUUGUCGCUUUAAAAAGACAGCAUAAGAACAACAAGAUUUAUAUAAGCAACUGAUUUUUUUUUCAGGCUUCUUCUUUCCAGUUGCUUAAAUUGGAAAAUUUACUGCGAUGAUCAUUCUUCACUCUCAUCUACAACCGCAGUUCAAAAAUGAAUUAUUCCAUAUACUUUACAUCAAAGCAAGAAGAGUUGUAUCAAAACAAGGUCAACUCCAGACUCUUUUCCACCUAUAUAACUUUUAAAUGACUCGAGAACAGUAGUUGUUCAAUGAGUUGUAAUUUUCUUGCUUUGUCACCACCAGCACUGAAGAAUCGACCAAACAGAGCUCAGAGCAUCGACAGUUUGUCAUUGGCGAACUCAACACCUGAGCAGUCACCAAAAACAUCAAGACUUAUGCUGUCAGCGAAAGCUAAGAAGAUCACUCCUUCAUCAUCAGCUAACGUAACACCUGACCAGUCCCCUAAGACAUCAGUUCAUCGGCUAACAGCGCAUUGUAAGAACACUAUGCUAAUUACUUGGAUAUAUAGUAUUCAUUAUGUCGGUAUCGGGGUCGGACGUGUUCAUUAGCGCUAGUCCAAAUUGCAACGCUAAAUGCCAACAUGGCCACUCAGGAUCAAAUUUAGAAGCUUUUAAGGGGAGAAACAGACAAAAUUUAUUUAAAGUUCGAUAAAAAAGAUUGACAUGUAUGAUGUUGUUGGCUAAAUAUAACGAACGUGAGCAAUCACUUCUUGAACAAAUCUCCAUCCCCAAUGCCACCUUACAGGAUUCACAUCGUUGACCUGCAUUACUAUCACGUGACGUGCACAGCGUUUGCACUGUAACCAACAUGGGCAUGAAAAGAGUACAACGUUGAAAAUAACUGAAAUGGUAUUUUUAUUGUUAUUAUUUUCCUUUUUAUAAAGAUGAUGACGUAACAUCUGUUGAUGUUAACUUGGUCAUGAUCGUAACCCAACCGAAGAGCUCUGAAAGAAAACAGACACAACGAAAACGUUCCAUGAGAAGUUUCGGGAAAAAGAGGCAGACGAGUACAAAAACAAAAACCAGCCAUGAACCCUUAAAAACGCUGGAGGGAAGUGAUAAGGGAGUAGAAGAUAACGAGAAUGGCAUACCAAGCAUCAUUGAAAGACUAUCUGCCCAGGGAAAUAGAGGAAGUUUAGAAACAUCUGCCCCUGACGAUGGAAUGUUAAACCAACUCUACGGCAAAGUAGGCGAAGAAUACGAUUGCCAUUCUGACGAGCAUUUUGCUAAAGAAAACAACGCUUGCAGAUCUUUUAAGCCGUUUGGGGCGGAGAAAGAGACAAAGGAAAGUGAAGGAGAGAUCUUACAGCAGCAAAGAGAGGAUAUAGAAUUAACAGUGAAAGAAGGGGUGAGAAAGACAUCCCAUGAAUCUUCUUUUAGUAAAGAACCAAACAAAGGAACAGAAUGUGGUCUUAUUAACCCAGCUUGCGAAGAAAACUCAUCCGAUUCUUCGCCAAACUCUGAGACUGGAGAGGAAACAACGUCAAAAGACGUCCAGCCAUUAAGCAGCCCAGGGAAACCGAAAAAGGGAAAGAAAGCUAAGGUACAUUUGUGUUUUAACAUCCUGUUGAUCGAUCGAUUCUUUGAAGAGUCUGGCAAAAUAACAAGAAAGAAAAAUUGAGUUCUUAAACAAAUGUUUUACAGCUGUUUUUACAGAAAAAAUGUCAGUAGCAAAGAAAUCUUGUCAAAUUUUUCUCAUUGAACGGAGGAGAAAUUAAAAUUUUGGUCCCUUAAAAGGGGUUCAUUUUACAGCGAUUUCCUAGCAAUUGUCCGUCGGAGAUCUGUUAACUGGCCACUAAAUAACGGGGUUUAUUCAGGCCUUAUAAUUAGUAAUCACUUCUGUCGUAGUUAUACCUAAGGAGCAGUGCAGCUCCCUCGCUCAAUUUUACGGGGCAUUCCACCGCAACAAAAGGCUAUGACGUCAUCAGCAUUAAUAUUUCCACUUAAAAUUGGAGAUUCCACCUUAACAAGAGGCAUAAAACAUCCCUACAAUACUACUCACGGCCUAAACUUGUCCAAAAGGCAAAAACAAAGGUUUGAUAGUUUUACACUUAAAAUAAAUUGUGUGAGAAGAAGAUUGUAAUUGUUGAAUAUUUUAAUCCUCAGAAACCGGAACAAGGACAGGUUAACCAAGGCGUAGAAGGCGACGAGGAUUUCGAGGUCAGACAAAUUAAUUUUUUACUCGAUCGUUAUUGUUAAUGAUAUAUGAAAUAAAUCUGUGACGAUCAUUUCUUCAUUUUGAUUCGUCCGUUAUUGUUAUACAUGUAAUUACUUUGAAACUUCUCUUUUCCGUUACAGCCUACAGCAAAGACAUGGGACAAAAUUCGUCGAAAAAUAAGUGGUAACAGCUCUAAGGGGACUCGGCAUGAAGUGUUAUCAGAUGAAACUUCUGAAAAUGAAGACGAGCAUAUGGAAAACAAUACGUCUUUGUAA